UUAAAAAUACAAUGUUUUCUACAAAGCAAUUAAAUUCUUGUUAGGUUUCCAAAAUAUGCCACAACUCUAGCAUUCUAUUAUGGAAUUGAUUAAAAAUGAAUUGGAAUUUUAUUCAAAAUUUGCAAGACCUUUAAUUUUUGCUUUGCCAGACGCCACAGAUAGAAUACUGGCGUCAGCAUGGGUCAAAAAAAUCAGAGAAGAGACAGCGGGAUCUGAAAAAAUACGGACAGAUUAUAUGAAGUUAUUAUUGUUUGCAAUGCAAAGAAAAAAAUUAGUAGGGAUAUUUACAGAUGACCCCUCAAAUUAUGAGACUCUAAGUGAAUUUCCUCAAGGUUAUGACCUUAAUGCAAUGGCAAAAAUGCUUAUCGAAAAGGAACAAAAAGACAGAAUUAACAACAUAUGCAAUCAAAUUUCUGGAAUUGGUGAUUUUCCUCCCUACACUACCGAUUUUUCAGCGGAUUUGAGAGAAUAUGUCGCUGCUCAGGAUAUACCAGGUUUUGGGGUUCAUUGUUAUUAUGCCAUUUCUAAAAAUCCCAUCACCACUUGGAACAAGGCUGAUAAAGUGAUAAUUCCCAAAGGCGCUAAAGGUAUAUUCACUGCAGCUAUUUCACAGGUUGGAGUAAAAGAUCAAGUAGAAGAUGGAAGCAAAGCUGGCAAAAGUUUAACAGAUAUAACAGAAGAAGAUGAUAAAAAAAAAAGAAAAAAGAGAAGGACAAGCCAAGGUCCUCUUAUCAAACCACUGGGAGUGCGACCACCUAAGGCACCUGAAGGAGAAAGAAAACCGCCCACAUGGAGUUCAAAUUUAUUGAAUGUAAAAGAAACGACAAUGAGAGAUUUGCCUUUAUCACGAUCGACUGGUGCGAUACCCAAACAACGUAUAGGACAAACGCAAGUUCAAUUUAAAGGAGACGACGAAAUUACUGAAAUAGAAAGAGCUAUUGAAGAUUUCCAAAGGGGCGAAAUUAAAGUAAGGAAAGGCAAAGUAGCUGAAGGUAUAUCAAUGGUGGAAACUGAUGGUUAUGAAUACGACCAAAUGGUAGAUCAAUCAACUGAUAUAGAUGACGAUGACAUAUUUUUGGAUUUAGACCAAUCACAAUACGAUGAUGAUGUUAAUCAAGAUGCUCUUCUCGUUAAAUAUAUUAGAGACACUGUUGAUAGCAAAAGUGCGGAGAAGGAUAGAAAUAAAACUAAAGCAGCAACAUUUAGAAGCUUACCUGCACAAGCAGGUAUCCCAGUGACAACUCCUAGGCCAUCUGUAAGUCCCAGAAGGCAACUAUCUACUGAGAGAUUGUUAAAUAUAAUUUCUCGGUCAAAAGUCCCAGAAGAUGAGCUAUUAGAAACUACGCUAUCUAGUCCAGAUAAAGAUCCUGAUAUGUCAAAACUCUUUUUGGAAGCUACUGCAAUAGAAGAUACAUCUCUUCCUGAAGAUAUAGAUUUUGAUUUUGAAGACGAAUCGGAUUCUCCUAUGUUUGGUGAACAGAUCGGCAAAGAAGUCAGAGAGCCAAUGCCACGACCAACUAGAGGAUCUCCAGCUGGCAACGCCAUAGUAUCUGAAGUUAUUCCAGCUCUUGAAAAGGGGGCACAAAAUGAAAUAACACCUUUUAAAACACCACCCAGAUUUCCACUUCGAGAACAGGAAGAACUACCACUAGAACAAGAAAUGCUCUACAUUGAUUAUGUGUGCAGAGAUAGAGAAACGGCCGAAAUGAUGAAAAGAAUUGCACACAAAGUACGUGACGUCGAACAAGAUUUUCCAGAUCCGGUUAAUUUGGUAAUUCCCACCCUUCCGUUUCAAGAUGUAGGACCCAUGCCUUUUUUAGAAGAAGAAACUAUAGAAUUUCCUCCAAGUCCAGAGAAGCUUCCUUCACCACCAAGACAACCUAUUGCACCAGUAGCACCACCUCCUGCCCCAUGUUCACCAAAGACCCCUCCCCGGAAACCGACAACAAGAGCUGUAUGUGGAGCUAAAAAGCCGUCUCCUGAGCAACAAUUAAUCGAUGAAACACAAGCUGACCUAUCGCAUCUACAAACACCAAGAUCACAUAAAUCUCCUCAAAGACCUACGGGGCAAAUGUUUUUUCCUCCUAUUUCCUCGGAGUAUCAACAGUGGCCUUCUCCGGAUGAAAAUUUGACUGAAGCAGUACGGCAACACCAGAUUAAUCAAAGAUUCUUGGAUCGUGAGAGGCCUGCAAUGCAGAAAAGAAUAGUCGUUGGAAAAACUGCCGGAAGGAGUAAGAAAUUGCCAAGGAAAUACAUUCCACCACAAUUAUCGACAGUCCCAAUCGAAGAACAUGUAGAUGAAAGAUUGUAUGGGCAUGCUUUACAAAUGACUCCUGAUAGUCCAGAACCGUUUGCUGAUGAUGAUACAAUGCUAGAAUUUGCUAGAGGUUAUGCUCCACCAACAUAUGAGUCCCCUCCUGGUAUAUUUUUUGAGAGUCCGCCCCAACUUGAUACAGUUGAUUAUAGCAGAGAAGCUCCUACUGGUUAUGGUUAUCGAGCUUGGAUGGAGACGCAAAAAGAAAACACUCGACGUCUCAUAAGUGAUUUACAUAGAGCUUUAGAAAGGGCAGAAUUGGCCUCCGCGCGUAUUGAAAACUCUCUGGGACGCCGAGCUCAACCUGCAGUACAACGUCAAAGCCCGCGUGGUCUAAUUCGAAGAAGACUAGAUUUUGGUGAUAUAGAAGCGGAUACUGAUACUUUUAUAGCCAAUUCCUUGGCUCGUCAUCCAGAUUUACCACCACUACCUCCUGAAGAAAUGCCAAUAGGUGCAGUAGUGACACCUCCACGAACAGGAGAGAUACCCGGAUGGGAUUCACCAGAAAGACCCCUACCAACUACACCUCCCUUUUACCAUAUGCCUUUUACUUCCCAAAUGCUCGACACAGCCGAAGCCCCCUUUGAAGGUGUAGAAUUUUCUCCUCCUAGAGAUGCCGAUUACGAAGAUUUUUACGCGCAGCAUGGUCCGGAUCGAUUUGUCGAAAGGAUACAACCUCAUAUUGAAAACAUUCCAGCAGAUGAUGAAUAUUUUUCUAUGUACUCAGGAUCUCCAUCUUCUACAGUAAGGACAGAUCAAGAUGAAUAUUUUGGGACACAGACCGAACCAAUUCAUCCUCCACCAAUGUUACAUCAAACUGAAGUUUCUAGAGAUAUCAAAAUUCAUCCUGGAAGAGUUGAAUUUCCCCCAAGAAGCAUCCAAACUCCACCUAGAAGGGCUGAAAGUCCUGCUAGAGAAUUUGACGUUCGUCCUGGAGGGUUCGAAUUUCCUGCCAGGGGUAUCCAAUUUCCUCGUAGAGGCGAUGAAUAUUUUAGACGUAUGGCAGAGUCGGCAGAAGAAGAAGGCGAUCUGUUUGGUACAGAUAUAGAUGCUAUGGAGUUUCCACCUUCUCCCACUGGAUCACCAGCUGACAGGUCGAGGUUUCAGCCUGCACCAAUGUCCCCGAGAAUGCUUGAAAGAUUCCAAAGACUUCAGGAAACAUCAGUACCAAUGAAGACUGUUACUAGUUCAGCAUUACCUUUUGAAACACCACCAAGAAGACGUAGGCAGCUGCAACAUAGAAUUAUUACUCCUGACGCUGCCGACUAUGGUUUACCUCCCUUAACUACGUACUCGCCAUUAUCCAGAGUUGAAAUGCCUUGUGAAUUGCCUACUACAACUCGAACACUCGAAUCUUAUAGAAAGAACUUAUAUGACGAACCUUGUUGUAGGUAUCAUCAAAAACUACGUGAAAAUCAAUGAAUAAAUGUAUAUUUUUAUUGGAAGUAAUAAAUUGUCGUCAAGCUUUGU